AUGGAAAUCAUCAUCGUCGGCGCCGGGAUUACCGGCCUCAGUGCUGGGAUUGCUCUGCGUACAGCAGGACACACAGUGACGAUCCUCGAGCAGUCCUCCCUGCUCCAAGAGACCGGAGCCGCCAUUUCGAUAGCACCGAAUGCAACACCUGUCCUCCGCAGCUGGGGUUUCGACCUUGCCAAGUCGCGUAUGGUCGGCAUCAAGACAGGAAGCAUCCUCAAUGGCAGCAAUAUGCAAAUGGUAGUACCCAAGUACUAUGAGAAUAUUGAAAACAAUUACGGCUUUCCCAUCUACUCAGUACACCGCGUCGAUCUGCAUGACCAACUGAAAUCACUGGCAGUAGGAGAGGCCGGGCCAGGUCAACCGUGCAAGUUACAUGUUCGUGCCGCUGUGGUUGAUUACGUAAGCUGCGCCUCUAACGAGUCCACACUCUCUCCGGCCCUUGCUGAGAAGGUACAUAAGGAUGCUGUUCAUGCAAAAGUCACUACUGCCGAUGGUACAGUCUGGCGGGCAGACAUGCUUGUUGCGGCGAAUGGCGUGCACUCGACGGCCCGAGAACAUGUCUCCAUCUCGGACGAGAUUCCUGCUAGUGACACGGGCUGGGCUACUAUGCGAUGGCUGGCUCCGACGGGGUCAUUGCUGUCAGACCCAGAUACUGCAUAUUUGGUCGAAGAAUUUACGCAGAGCAACGAAGUACAGAACCUCUUCUAUCUCUCACAGUCGUUUGAAAGUGAGAGUAUCACAGAAGACUUCCAAGCAGGUAUAGAGCCGAGCAUGGUGAUGGACUAUGCAAAGAAGGAGUUUAGUGUGGCUCUACAAACUGUUCUUGUGAAAGCCAGGGACGUCAAAUUCUGGAAACUGUCCAAGCCCAAGGCGGUGGUAAAGCCAUCGAGGAUACUGCAGUAG